UUUCCGGUUACUGAGAGCAGCUGGAGACAAGAUGGCGGUGUCCGGGGAACCUGUCAGGCUGGAGAGAGAUAUCUCCCGGGCCAUCGAGCUGCUGGAGAAGCUCCAGAGAAGUGGAGAAGUUCCCCCACACAAGCUGCAUGCCUUGCAGAGAGUGCUGCAGAGUGACUUCUGUACCGCCGUGAGAGAGGUCUAUGAACAUGUUUAUGAGACGGUGGACAUCAACAGUAGCCCAGAAGUGAGAGCCAAUGCCACUGCUAAGGCUACGGUGGCCGCAUUUGCAGCCAGCGAAGGACAUUCUCACCCUAGGGUUGUUGAACUCCCUAAAACAGAAGAAGGACUCGGAUUUAAUAUCAUGGGAGGAAAAGAGCAGAACUCCCCCAUCUAUAUUUCUCGUAUUAUCCCUGGUGGAAUAGCCGAUAGACACGGAGGCCUGAAGCGCGGAGACCAGCUGCUGUCUGUUAAUGGAGUGAGCGUAGAAGGCGAGCAUCACGAGAAAGCUGUCGAGCUCCUGAAAGCAGCCCAAGGAAAGGUAAAGCUAGUGGUCCGGUACACCCCUCGCGUCCUGGAAGAAAUGGAGUCUCGCUUCGAAAAGAUGAGGUCGGCGAAACGCAGGCAGCAAAACUAGGAGGACGCACAAUGGGCACGCAAGACACAAACUGUUCUGUAUCACUGUAGAAUAAAUGACGUUCCCCUGUGAACUACCAAUACAGUGCACGUUCUAGAUUCGGAGCCGCAGCCGAGAAUCCAGAACCAUACAGAUGCAACACGAAUGUUCACACGUUUACAGGGCAGUUUUUAAUUACCCUCAUUUUUUAAAGUCAACGUCAGAAAAAGGCAUUUUUAAUAUGGUGAUGUAAUUACACAUUUGUAAACUUUGUGCUUUUCCUAAGCUUAUUCUGCAGCCGAUCCAAUCCGGGUUCAUUAGGGAGGCUCCAUAAAGGAUGUUCCAAGGGGAGCAUGGUGGCUUCACAUUGGAUCUUGUGUAUUAGGGCAGCAACAUUCCUCAUUGAAGGUCUCACUACAGGCAGAAAGGAGUCCAUACAUCACCAUAAUGCGGUGCUUUCUAAAUCCCAUCAUCUCCCAUCGAUCAGCCUUAGGAGAAGACUACUUGACAUGCGGCUUCCCACUAGUUUGAUGCUUAUCGUUCCCUAUCCAACUGUUUGCAUAGAUGCGUAGCUGUGGUUCACCUGAUUAAAACACUGUUUUGCUUUAGUGGAUCCGUAGCAGAGUUAUGAUGCUUUUUCGUAAUAUGUGAAUUAGGCAUUCGGUGCAAUGAGGGCAUCACCGUUGCUCUUGUUGCAUCUGAGCUCCACUCCUUGCUGUGGCCAGCCCCUUCCUUUCUGCUUUGAUCUACAGGGAAAAGCAGCGAGGGUGGAGGGGCUGACCAUAGAAAGGAGCAGAGAUUGGGUGCGAGGAGCAAUGGUGACGCCCUUGUUGCACCAAAGGCAAGGCAACUCGGGAACAGAGCCUCAGAUCAACAAAAGAAAAAUGGUGUUUUAAUCAGGGGAACCUCAGCUAUGUGUCUGCGCAAGCAGUUUGGUGACGGAUUCCCUUUAAAGGAGGAUUGUGAACAUAACAUUUUUAUAUGGUGUGAUGGUUAAAGGGGACCUAUCAGGAGCUACGUUCUGCCCAUACCACAGGCAGCUUGAAAUCCUGGCAAGGUCCCUGGGUACGAACGGCUACGUUCUAUUCCGAAACCCUGCCGAAUUUCAGAGGAGCAUAGUUUAGGAUGAGUCAGGAAUGAGGAGAAGGGCAGCUUCCCGGGGGCGUCUCUCUGCCUGGCCUCACUGACCGGUCUCACCCUAUACACAAAUAGCCUAACACAUGUCGAUCAAGCAGAGCUGAGUCGGGGGCCACCCCUGUAGCGUUCCAGAAUAGAGCAUGGUUGUAAGCUGGGACCUUGUCCGGAUUUCAUGCUGUCUGUGGUUGGGGCAGAAUGUGGCUUAGUAUAGGUUUUCCAACCCCAUCAAAUUUUUUACAAACAGCUGACAAUGGUUUAAAACGGGAAAAUAGGUAAUACUCACCUUGCUGGUUCCCUGCAAGUGUCUGCUCACCUGCCUGAAGCAGUGCCGUGUUGACACAACAUGUGACUGCUGCAGCCAAUCACUGGUCACAGCAGUGGUUUAGACACCUCAUCUCUGCUGUUGCCACCUGGCGUGGACAGAGACCAGUGGGAGGCCCAAAUAUCAUCAGCUUUCCAGUGGCAGGUAAGGAGUUUCAUUUUUAUUUUUUUUGUACCAUUGCCGUUUGUUAAAAAAACGGUGGAUUUAAAUAACUCCCUUUAAAGGUUAUGAACACUGAUUAUUAUUUUUUUAUAUAUAUAUAUAUAUAUUAUUAUUUUUUUGCAUUAUACUUUUUGUUCUAAAAAUCACUUUUUUCAGUUGGUCUUUCCCUAAAACUGAAAAAUGUAUAGCCCUUAUCUCUGAUUUCCUGACAGCUCUAUGGCUUAAAUGAGUGUUUUUGAGCUGUCAGGAGUUCAGAGAUAAAGGCUAUACAUAACUCUCAGCUCACUGAAGAUAAGAUACUUUGAAAUUUACCCCUGUAGGACAAAAACUGCUGACAUUUUUGAAUAAAGACUAACUGGAAAAAAAAAUAUAUUCUUAGCGCAAAAUUAGUAAAAAUGCAAUCAUAAAAAAAAAUGCCCUUUUAAAGGUGUUCAUAGCCUUUGAAAGUGGUAUAUUGGUAUAUGCAUGUUCCUGUGCUCCUGCCCAUGUAGUGCAAGGCGGUUUUAAUCGUACAUUUUGCAAAUCAAAUAACGCACACGAGCCACUGUGUCCUAAAAGAGUAAAUGACAAACUGGACUCUGCUACACCAGUAUAGUUCUAGCAGAAAAAUGUACCAAUUUACCAUUCAGACAGACUUCCCCUAAUAAAAACGACUUUUUCCUGUUAUCCGCGCUCUGGCCAUUGGGAACGCACACUCCCUUCUUUGCUUAGCGAAUCUAAUAAUAUGGGAUAUUCAUUUAAAGAACUAUAAAUCCAAAUUCCAGUUCAUCUCGAUAGUAAAGCGGGAAACAGGUGGAACAGGAAUGAAGGUGGAUGUGUCACCAGUUUAGCCAGUCUGAUGCAACAGCUCUCUCUCUCUCGAGAACAUCCUGUUGGCUCGGAACGAGAAAGGGGUUAAUAUCCAACCUGUCAUGAAAAAGUGGGAAAGAACAUUGCCCCUGUUGUAAAGGGGUCGGCGUAUUCUGUCAAAACGCACAAUGUGAGUGUUAAAUUAGACAAAUCCAUAGAAAUUGUAUGUACGUACUUUUCAUACAAACUGCAGUUUGCAGUUCUGGCCACCAGAUGUCAGCCUUGUGUCAGGCCAUAGACACUGCCAUAGAACUGGAUCGCUGCUGCUGGGUUUCCAAUAUCUUUUUUUUUUUUUUUUCCAGGUUCAAUGCUCAAUGUAGAGUUUCAUCCUUGAUGUAAUAUAUGAAUAACGUACAAAAUGCUCAACUGCUUCAUUUCUAGGUCAACAUUGUCAACCAAUUUUAGGCUUAUUAAUGAUAUUCGUAAGGGACGUCACGCUUACAUGCCAGAUUGCUUGUAAAAUGGUUGUCUUCACCGUGCGUGUAAGUGUACUAUAAAGUUGGGGUUCUACAUUUUGCAUCUCAUUGACUUAGGGCAUUUAAGGGUUAACUCAUGAGGAUAUAUAGGGGAAGAUUUCUCAAAACUGGGGUAAAGGAAAACUGGUUUAGUUGCCCAUAGCAACCAAUCAGAUUCCAAAAGGAACGUAAAAGGUGGAAUCUAAUUGGUUGCUGUGGCCAACUACGCCAAUUUUCCUUUACGGCAAUUUUAAUAAAUCUCCCCUAUAGAGUUCAGAGUCCCCGCUGUGGACACUGCACGGUAUAUGUCAAAUGUGUCCAUAAGCCUCCAAAAGUCCUUUGACCUCUGUCGGACUGGUAUACAUUGGUACCUUUUUUCGUCUAGCUGUAUGAAUAGAGCAGCAGACUACGCUAUUCGAUAGAGGCACCCCGCAUGUAUAAGUAUACUGCGCAGUAUCUGUUUUUUUUACCAUGGGAGCCUAUUGGCAGUGUAUAGCACUGUAUGGCCGUACCCAUCGAUGGCGUAGGCUGGGAAAUCCGCCGACACAAAACGCUCAGUGAACUGACCUCAACAGCUCCUGCUCAGACGGACACUAAACCAAUCCCUUUAGUGAAUAUUCAGGUUUAUAUCAUAAGUAAGUUGCUGUAAAAAUGACUUCAGAUCAGUUUUUUAAAAUGCAAAACUAAAACCAUUUUAAUGGAUAGAACAACAGAUUUUCCCAGCUGGGUGCAAUGCACUUUCAUUACCACUAGAUGGCAGCCGUGUUUGCAUACAGUGUAGACGUAACUCUAUAUUUUGCCAUGUGAUUUUUAUUUUUUAUUUUUUUUGUGGUAUCAUAUGUUUUACUGGAAGGUACGGCAUGUAGCGGAGAUAGACGUCCGUGUACACUCCACUUCAGUGAGAACACUAUCAUCUUAAAUUCCAGCCGCUGUCCUUAAGGCCGAGUACAGGGGCUGGUGAAUCAUUCCAAUCUUUCAUAGAAGUCUUAACCUUCCUUCAAAAUAAAGCACAGUCACCACCACAACGUUUUCAUCCAUGUUUCUACAACUUUGGUUACGAUAAUCGGAUUAGAUUAAUUCAGUUUAGGAAAAUCUGAAUGCUAUGGAACAGCUUAGAGGGAGUCCCUUCUCUGCUUACCGCUCCAUGUCAGUCUUAGUGAAUGUCCACCUUUUAAGCAUUUUAUUCGCUGAUUCAUAUCAUUACCACUUACCAGCGGUCAGUCACUGUCCGCCUGCAGCCACCACUAGGGGGAGCUUUCUGCGUACUGUUUUAUUAAUGAAUCCAAUGUAGAAAUCAUAUGUAUUGAGCUCCCUCUAGUGGUAGGCGUGUGUCGGUGGAAUUUGAUCAUUCAAAGUGUUGACCAAGAAUUGAAUAAAUUAAAGUAUCUACUGGAAAUGGAAAAAAAUUAACAACCCGGCUAUUACUGACCUGUCAAAUUCGGAUCCAGCGCUGAUUUCCCAGUGGUCGCUGGUGGUCUUUGUUUGCUUUUCCUGCAGCACAUGACCACUGCAGCCCAAAAAAAAAUAAAACGGAAAUCGUGUUCAGUGGUGGACGUAUACUUUAGGCUGGAGCAACUUUGGCCGUGAAACGCGUUGAGCGGCCAAAGGCUGCAGCAGCGUAAUGAAAGAAUAUGGGGCCACGCUCCCACCCACAGGUUGCCGUGCCACGACAAUCGCAAGAAAUCCAACAGGUUUGGAUUUCUUGAGACUGUCAGGUUGUGGUGACUUGCGGGUCUUGAUCUUCUAAGGGUUGAGGUCUCAGGAAUAGGACUUCCAACACACUACUGCCCCCCAAGCCACCGACAUCUCUGGAGGAAACAAUCAUUUGUAACUACAGUUCCUUUUAUAAACAAUCGAUUUCUAGAUUUUCAACUAUUCAUGAAGAGGGUUUUCUUAUCACUGGCCUAAUAUAUCCUGCGGAAGCGCAGAUUAAUUUAAGUGAUGUCUUGCGUUCUGCAUAGAUGAUCUGUGGUAGGUCUGCUGUGCUGUUGUGUGGUGUAUAUAUGUGUAUAGAGGAGCUGCCUGUCGUGGUAGUGCUGGUACCUUGGUGCUUCACAUCUAAAGUGGUCACUCGGGACGGUUUUAUUUCUGCAGAUGAAGAUUUUUAAAUAUACGUUAUAUCAUUUUUCUUUUGUUACACGGACACCAUUGUAAUGUACAUGUCUGCAUUUAUAUGUGAUAAAUAUGUAGAAUAAAUAUGUGAUCAUUGAAUUA